AUGGAUUAUGAAGAUGAAGAGGAUGAAAGGAGUGAGUUUAAUACAACUGAGGUCGAUUGGGGUGAAGAACCAAAUAAUUCAUGGGAAGAAGAAUCGAACCAGAAUUGGUGGGAAGAAGAAACUGAAUCCAAAAUCAGUUUAGAUGAAAAUGAUGGACGUGUAGCUGAAUCAUGGAGUGAGGAGGCUAGUCUCACAACCAAUUUCGAUGGAGAUUCAGAACAUGAAGAACUAAAUUUUGGUGAAGAACCAGAGCGUGAUGAAUGA